AAAUCCGGCAUAGUACACCAGUUGACAGAACCCAAAAGUGAUGAUCCAGCCUCGCUUCCUAUACCAAGUACCCUCUCACAACUAUCUAAGUCCUUAGAACAACAGUUUGGAAAUAGCUUUGUCAGAAAAAUGAGUCACAUGGAUGUACCAUCACCAACAUCUGGUAUAGAUACAUUACAUGACAUGGAGCAUCAACAGGAGCAACAAUUUAAUAAAAAACAGUCACGACGAUAUACACAAUCUGAUAAGACAAUAUCCAGUUCUGCUUGGCUUGGUAGUACUGUUGAGUGGUGGAGAAGGUUAUCCUAUAGGCAUUGGCCAGCUUUGUUUGGACAUUAUAAUAUUAGUCUUAGCAACAGAUACAUAAGUAUGUUGCCUCCACUUCAGUUCUCAUUUAUAAUUGAUCCACAAGAAGCAAUCGGAAUGAGGCACCAAGUUGAAAUAAAGCAAGCAAGUAAAAUGUUGGCGAUAGGCUCACUGCCCUUAACAUGAUGAAGCAGACACCCGUAUGGACAUCCUCCCUGAAGGUCCUGAUGAUGACAAUGAUGAAGAGGAGAUGGAAGAUGAAUUUAAAAAUGUGGAUAUGUUGUAUGCACCAAUACACAAGGCCACAGACUGGGACUACUAUCUCACAAUCCUUCUUGCUGUUGCCAGUGGAACAUUCUUCAUCAUCUUACUCAGUUUUGUAUAUCGUUGUGUAUCCACACGCAAUCAUGGUAAAUGGGGCUACGUGAAACACAUGCAGUCUCGUGCUGCUAGAUACGUACGUCAGAUUACUGAGACUGUACCGAUAAUGUUACAAGGGCAUAUACAGGAAGUGGAAUGCAUGUCUAGUGAUGGAGUAUUGAUAGUCAGUUCAUGCCUAGGUGGACAAAUAAGAGUUUGGGAUCCAAGUAACGGGGAAUGUGUCACUGCAAUUAGGAGAGCAAGUGCCAGCACAAGGUUGAAAAGACUGUACUAUGAUGUAAAUGAAAAACUAGCCACAUCACGAGAAGACCUAACUAGGAGUGCAAGUACUAGUAGUAACAGUAGUGGCAUCCAUGAUAUGAAACCUCGAUCACUAUCUGAUCCUUCUAGUUUUGCAGCAAUCAAUCAAAAACUGUUUGAAGAUCAGCCAUGUUUACGUGGUGCAAUUGACACUAAUUUUUACAGCACUGCUUGUAACAGACAAAACAAGAAAAUUGAACCGGAGCAAAGUGGAUAUGACUUUGAUUGUAAAUAUUCUGGAUAUUAUAAGGAACAUGAGGAAACCAUGCUAGCAGCCAAGAGAAACAGAUUACAUUCCAAAAGUGUUGAUUCUUAUUUUGCAUUAGAAAUGCAAGGUAAAAGGAGAUCAGAUAGCGGGACAGUGUCACCUAAUGGUACUUCUUACCAUAGCAUAGAACAUACAGGGUCAUCGGAUAGUUUAAAUUUGGAAGAGGUCUCUCCUGGAAUCGAGUUUAUAAACCCAAAUAUGAGGGAACCACAAGAUGUUUUUGGUUGCUAUGGUGAUGUUUCUCCACCACCUAUCUGGUGCCUUUGUUGCUAUGACAACCUGAUUGUAACAGGAUGUGGUAAUGGGAGAGUAGAGGUAUGGGAUGCUUUAACUGGUUUGUUGAUAUCUUUAUAUCAUGAAGACAAUAAAUCCGGUGUUACAGCGUUGUCGGUGUCAGCUCACAGAAUUGUCGCUGCAAGAUUGAAUGGUUAUUUGGAUUUUUUAGAAUUAAAUGGUAGUGGAAUGUAUAGUCCUACGUCACCACAUGGAUCAUUCCAAUAUCACAAAGCAUUUACACGUCAUGUUUCAUCCAGUGAUGCUAGUCAGUUUAGCGGUACAUUGCAAUGUUAUUUAUUGCGAUACAUGAAAGCCCAUCAACAACCUAUUAAUGAACUAAAGUCAGCAGGUGGCAGGAUUGUGACAGCAAGUCAGGACCAUACACUCAAGGUUUUUAGAUUGGAAGAUGCAUUAUGUUUAUAUACAUUACAUGGUCAUGUUAGUAAUGUUACUGCUUUGUACUUGGAUCAACACAUGCCAUUGGCAGCAGUCAGUGGUGGAAGAAAUGGUACAAUUAGACUGUGGGAUUUGUUAACUGGUGCAUGUGUGCAUCAUUUACGUGGGCACCGUGGCGCUGUGUCAUCUUUGAUGUGUACUCCAGCCUAUGUUGUUAGUGUGGGAUUGGAUGACAGAUUGUGUCUUUGGGAUAGAUGUAGAGGAAAUUUACUUAAUGUUAUUUACCAGGAAAGUGGUUUUAGUAGUACUGUCGCCAUGAUGUCACAUGAUUUACUCAUAACAGGUGGCCAGGGUUGCUUGAUAAUGUGGGAUGCCGUGCAUGGAGUUAAACUACGCGUCAUCAAGUUAGGAUCUGAUAAUCAAACAGUGCAGCAUGUUAGCAUUAUUGACCAGUCAACCAUACUAUGUGAUUUUGGUAAAGAACUACGAGUUGUACAUCUUCCAGCCAUGCUACACAAGUCUGACUGA